AUGGAUGAAUAUUUAGAAAAUACAAAUCUUGAAGAGUUGGAAUAAGAAUGUUUCAUGGAAGACUACUAACAUGAAGAUGUAGUUGAGCAGGAAAAUCAUUAAGUUGAUGCAAAUGAUAUAUAUGAAAAUUAGCAAAUGAAUGAUGAAAGUUAACUAAAUUAAGAUGUAAAAAUAAGUUAGCAAAAAGAACAGGCUGUUGAAAUGAUUGAAGAGUAAUAAUAAAAUAAUCAAGAUAAAUUUAAACAAUUUUAAGACUGUAUGGCACAUAUAACAGAGUUAAAUUUUAAAAGAAACUACUAAAAUUUAACUGAAUAAAGCUCAUCUAAUAAUGUAGUAGCAGAAGAAUUGGACAUUAAAGAGUCUUUGAAAUUGUAAAUGGAGUAUUAUUUUUGCGAUACAAAUUUGACACAUGAUUCGUAUUUAAGAGGAAUAAUUUCCAAAAGCCCAAAAAAUUGUGUUGAUAUUAAGGUAUUUCUAAAAUUCAAUAAAAUAUAAUAGAUUUUAAAGCAGAUUCAAGAUAAACAAAUAGUCUCUACUUAUGGCAUCGAAAAUCAAUCAUAAAAGAAAAAUCAUAAAAACUAUAAAAAUUAGAAUGCUACCUUUUCAAAGAAAGAUCUUAUUCAUUUAAUAAGAGACUCCUUAAAGGAGAGUAAAAUUUUAAAGGUAAAAAUGGACAGUUUGAAGGUUAAAAGAAGGUUUCCUUUUAACUUAGAGCAAGCUCUAAAAAAUUCUAAAUAGCGUACACUAUAUAUAGACUUUUUACCUCCUAAAUGUUCUAAAUAGACAUUAGUUUCUAUUUUUGGAAAUUUUAGAAUAAUUAAUAUUAAUUUGCCACUCUAAAAGAAUUCUUAGUUAUGUUAGGGAUUUGCUUUUAUUGAGUUUUUUUCGGAAGAAGAAGCUAAUUAAGCUCUUAUUACAAAGAAUAGUUCUAUUCCAAAAGAGCUCAUUCUACUUACAGAGAAAAAAAUAGGACAAGGUUCAAUAAGAAUCAUCACAUAUAAGAAAUGGUAAGAAGAAAAGUAAUCAUUUAAGGAGCUAAGCAAAAACCAGAAUGAAUAAAAAAAUAAAAAUAUGAACUAAAGCAGAAAAGCAAGUGAUGAAUUUGUAUCUAUUGAUGUUGAAAUUAAACAAAACUGCUUAAUUAAAAUUAUAAAUAUACCUUAGGGUACAUUAAAAGCAGAAGUCGUUUUAGCAGUUAGACAUCUUGGAUAUGAAUUUUACUGUGACUAUAUAGACGAAAAUAGUAAUUAAAUAAAUAGCAAUAAAAUUAGUUUAAGCACUUAGCAGCAAAACACAGCAUAGUGCAGUAAUAUCCAGAUAGAAAAUAAUUUAAUUUAAUAAGAUUAACAUCCAUAAUUAAAUGAUUUAUUAAAAGAAGGCCAAGCUAUGAUUAGAUUCUAAAAUAGUGAUGAAUAAAGAUUAGCAAUAUAAAAGUUACUAAACCAUAAUAAUAAUAAAUUAUAGAUAGAGAUAAGAGGAUAAAUUUGUGAUGUUAUUAGUACAAUACCUGAAGAUGAAGAGAAAAAUUAUUGGAAUUACAUAAAAUUUAAAAAAAAUGAAUUUAGAAAAUUCUUCUUCAUGAAAAAAUAGUAAAAGAAAUAAAAUAUUACUCAAAAUUAUAACAAAUGA